UCCGACCGCCGGGGUUUAUCAACUUGCAAAUUCUUCCGCAGUUAGUUAAAAGAAUGAAAUUGGCUGAUAUUAUGACGAUACUAGGUAGUAUAGAUAUCAUUAUGGGAGAAGUUGAUCGUUGAAAUGAUAAUUGAUAUAAUAGAAAUAGAAGCUAUCCAUUCUUUUUCCAGAUUGGAAGCCUUAAAAGAAGUUUAUGGGAUCAUAUGGAUGCUUGUCCCUAUUUUCAUUCUUGUAUUAGGAAUCACACUGGGUGUUUUAGUAAUUGUUUGGUUAGAAAGAGAAAUAUCCGCAGGGAUACAGCAACGUAUUGGACCCGAAUACGCGGGGCCUUUGGGAAUUCUUCAAGCUUUAGCCGAUGGAACAAAAUUACUUUUCAAAGAAAAUCUUUUUCCAUCUAGAGGGGAUACUCGUUUAUUUAGUAUCGGACCAUCCAUAGCAGCCAUAUCAACUCUAUUAAGCUAUUCAGUAAUUCCUUUUGGCUAUCACUUUGUUUUAGCUGAUCUUAAUAUCGGUGUUUUUUUAUGGAUCGCCAUUUCAAGUCUUGCUCCCGUUGGAUUGCUUAUGUCAGGAUAUGGAUCAAAUAAUAAAUAUUCCUUUUUAGGUGGAUUAAGGGCUGCUGCUCAAUCAAUUAGUUAUGAAAUACCAUUAACUCUAUGUGUAUUAUCAAUAUCUCUACGUGUGAUUCGGUGAGACAUAAAUUUUU